AGCGGAAGAAGCUCCACUACAGUUGGAGGACACUACAAAUGUAACAGUUUUUCUUCUGCUUAAGCUGCAGUAACUUGUAUUAGAGCAAGGAGAGGCUAAAUUAAGUCAUGUUCACUGAAAAAAAUUUCGCUGCCGGACUGAAAAAUGCGAACAAUAACGUCGCGUUGAUAAAGUGAGAUAGCUUUAGUUGUAGUCCCCCAAAUUAGACGUGCGUUACUACGCGGUCACCAUGGAUCGCUGCGACGAGGUGAAGCUUCUGCUAAAAAGCUGGGAGCAGGGGUUUGUCAGACGGCACCAGAGGAAACCCAACAAGGAGGAUGUUGACCAAGCUCCAGAAGAGACCAGGAGGCUGUAUAAAGAGUAUCGCAGUUUGAAACAAGCCAAAGAGAACAGCAGUGGUGAUGCAGCCAGUGAACGCACUGAACAGUCCAAAUCUACGGCCAAGGAGUCAGACUGUUGGGGUGCCCAUCUCAAUCGCAGUACGUUUCCAGCGUCUUCUCCCACACUGACAUCCCAGGACAGAGAUAGUCUUAAGGCCUCGGCCCAAUACUAUGGCCUAAAGCUUAAAAACAACCUCGCUACACUCAGUAAGGAGAAACCUGUCUUACUGAAGAAAUCGGUCCUUCCUGGUCGGGUCCCUCUAAACUCCUUAAAAGGUCGACAGACUGGACAGACAAACAGCCCCGUUUCUGCUGCCACUGACAAGACCACUGACCCCAACUCCAGCCCCUUCUCACCAGGAAGAGUAAAGACUUGCCCGAGGGCCCUGGCUUCAAAGACGCUACAUCCAGUGGAGCCUGAAGAGCUGUUUGAACCAUUCGAACCUGUCAGAGAGUCUAGUGAUGAACCUUCAGACGCUGCCAGUAGUUGUAGUGGUAGUAAUAUUAGUAGUAGGAGUAGUAACAGUAAAGUGAGUAGUUCACAAAAUCAAAAAGGCACUAGUCUAGCUCCAUCUUCAGCCAGAUCUUCUGCCAUGUUGUCGUCGCUGUCUCCUCCACGUAGCGUAGAAACCUCAAGAGAAGAGGUUGGAGUCAUAGGAAAGUUAAAUGACAGCAUAAGAGUUUCAGGAGACGAAAUAGAAUAUUCUGAAAAAUUAGGAACUCUGCAUCGGGGAAUUGGUCCUUUGAGAGGAAGCCCACAGUUUCUUGGAGGUUUCAGAGGAGAAAUGGGAGCUAAAGGCACUGGAGGAAGGCCCUCUCCUGCCAGCAGGCUGAGUUUUGUUGAUAGGAAGUGGCUAGAGAGGUGUCAGGUGUUCGGAGAGAUGGGGGCAGAGGAAAGGCCUGGAGCAGGCAACCAAGAAAUCGAUGUAGAGAGAAAAGGGGAGAGAGAAACAGAAGGAGAAAUACGAGGAAGUGAAAGAGUAGGAAAAGGAGAAAUAGAUGCAGAGGGAGAAAGAAGAGGGGCAAUAGACUUGGGAAGAGAUGAAGGCUUUAAGAGCAUUACUAGUGACAAAAUAGGUAGUGAUAGUGCACGAAAACCUGCUCGACAGACCACUAGAAAUAGCAUAGGAGGAGGCGAAGAAAAAGUGAAAAGAAAGGGAGGUGAAAAGAUGCAAAGAGGGCUGACAUCACCUCCGACAACAGAAGGUGAUUGUGAGACUAGCCCCAAGUCCAAAGGUACAAGGGAGAGAGGGAAGAAGAGGCAGAGAGAGGGAGAGGACAUGGAGGGAGAGAUGACGCAGGAGGGAGGAGUGAAAAAGAAGAGGAGGAGUGGCAAAAAGAAAGAGGAGAGCUCUGGUUCUAACCCCAGCCCAGCUCAAGGAGGAGGGAAGAAAAGGAGAGCCAGGAAAAAGGGAGAGAAAGAUGGAGAGGCAGAAGAGGAGAAACAAACCAAGGUACCAGAAAAGGUGCCCCAGGAGAACUUGUUAGGAGAAGUAGAGGAGGAAUCUGUAACUAAGAGAAUGUAUCACACUCAGCCUGUCAGAGCCAGCAUGAAAAGAGCAGAGGGUAACUUUGUGAAGAUAAAUCUGAAGAAGAAAUCUCAUGUCAAAGGAUAUGCACUCAGAGGGGUAGCUCUACGUAAACAGUUGUACAUGCAGAAAUUCCAGUUGAAAGGCGAACGUUUUGGUGGAGGUGGUGGAUAUUUUGGCAGAGGAAGGAAAGGAGGCUUCAGAGGGGGGCUCAGUCGCCAGGGUGACACCUGCUACAAGUGUGGAGGGACUGGACACUGGGCUAUCGACUGCAAGGGACGAGCCCCUCCACCCCCUGUUCCUGAGGAUAAGCCUCUUGAAGAGGAGCCGUUUGAACUGCCGACUCUGGAGGAGGUUGCCAGGGCAACGGGAACACUGCGACCUCAGCCGCUUGGGUUUUCUCCCAGUGUCAAAGAGGAGCAGCAGCACCAAGAUAAUGACGCGAAUCAGAAGAAUAAAGAUGAGGUGUUGUUGAAUGUGAUUCGUCCUGACUAUGAGCGGCCUGCACCUCCGCCACCAGUGGCACCACUUUAUCAUCUCACAGAUGAUGGAAAAGUCCAGGCAACACCCACUGAGGUGUAUGCAGCUCUUCAAGACCUCGGCUACGAGUCAUUUAGACCAGGACAGGAGGAGGCCAUCAUGAGGAUCCUGUCAGGUCUCUCUACCCUCGUAGUGUUGUCGACAGGGAUGGGUAAAUCGUUGUGCUAUCAGCUUCCAGCCUACCUGUACGCUCAGAGAUCAAAAAGCAUCACACUGGUUGUUUCACCACUUGUCUCACUAAUGGAUGAUCAGCUGUCUGGCCUGCCAGCCAAGCUGAAGGCAGCCUGUAUCCACUCCAACAUGACGAUGAAACAGAGAGAAGCUGCGAUAGAAAAGGUGAAGUCAGGCCAGGUGUGUGUAUUGCUCCUCUCUCCAGAGGCCCUGGUUGGUGGAGGUGGUACAGGUUCAGGGUGUCUGCCCUCUGCUCAGGAACUCCCUCCUGUGGCCUUCGCCUGUAUAGACGAAGCUCAUUGUGUCUCUGAGUGGUCACACAACUUCAGACCGUGUUACCUGAGGCUUUGUAAGGUCCUAAGGGAGCGUUUGGGAGUGCAGUGCUUACUGGGCCUUACUGCUACGGCCACGCUGUCUACUGCUCUAGACAUCGCUCAGCAUCUGGACAUCAAUGAUCAAGACGGCAUUGCAGUUAGAUCUGCAGCAGUGCCUCCUAACCUGCAUCUGUCUGUGUCCUUGGACAGAGAGAAGGAUCAGGCUCUAGUGUCGCUGUUGAAAGGUGAUCGUUUUGGUUGUCUGGACUCCAUCAUUGUCUACUGUACCAGAAGAGAGGAGACUGCUCGUAUGGCAGCGCUGCUCAGGACCUGCCUGCAGGGAGUACUGGUGAAAGAAAACAACAAAACCAACGGCAGCAGCCAGACAAAAAUCAACCCUAUAGGACAGAGAAAGAAAGAGCUGGCAAGGAAGAAGAUUCGUAAACCACUGAAAUGGCAGGCCGAGUCGUACCACGCUGGCCUGUCAUCAUCAGAGCGCCGUCGUGUCCAGAACAACUUCAUGUGCGGGGAACUUAGAAUUGUUGUGGCCACUGUGGCGUUUGGCAUGGGCCUCGAUAAAUCUGAUGUCCGUGGUAUCAUCCACUACAACAUGCCAAAGAGCUUUGAGAGCUAUGUUCAGGAGAUUGGGAGGGCAGGGAGAGACGGAGAACCGGCUCACUGUCACCUCUUCCUGGACCCUGAGGGUGGAGACCUCCAUGAGCUCCGUCGUCAUAUCUAUGCGGACACAGUGGACUACUACACAGUGAAGAGGCUGGUCCAGAAAGUUUUCCCCCCAUGCAAAUGUAAACAGUUACACCAGAAACAACAGGAGAUCAUCAGGGACGUUGAAGACUUUGAGCUGUUGGAGAUGAUGGAUGUGUGUGAUCGGAAGAGCAGCCUAAAUCCUCCUUGUCAGCAGGACAUAGUAUAUACAGACAAACCAAAACCUGCUGCUGCGCAGACGUCACAUCCCGAUUCAGAGGAGUUACCUAUCCAAGAAGACAGAGAUGAAGGAAAGGAAAAGGAGGAGGAGGAGAAAAAAGACGAGCAGGAAGUAACAGACGAGGGAGAUGGUGGUUCGGUGAAACACCAGGAUGUGGAGGUGAAGGCUGAUGGUGACCGGCUGAGAGACUACGAAGAGGAGAGCAGUGAUUGGCCCAGAGAGCGAGUGUGUCACACGCACGAAAGAGCGAUUCCCAUCCAACGGACUGUCGAGGCUCUGGACAUCACAGAGGAAGGUGUGGAAACACUGCUCUGCUAUCUGGAGCUGCAUCCUCAGCGCUUCGUCGAACUUCUCCAUCCGACCCUGUCUGUGUGUAAAAUCAGCUGCUAUGAUGGACCGAGACAGCUCCAGAAAAUCACUAAAAUCUGUCCUCCUGUUGCUGUGGUUCUGGCCAGAAGGCGGAUGACAGGCGAGCGAGUGGAGACGUGUGAUCAACUGGAGUUUGAUGUUGUCGAGGUUGCGGACACUAUGGGAUGGCAGCUUCCUCUGGUGAAGAGAGGGCUCAGACAGCUGCAGUGGAGCACAGAUAGAGCUGGCGGGCGUAGCGGUGUCCUCGUUGAAUUCUCCUCCCCAUCUUUCUACUUCCGUUCCUAUGGUGACCUUAGCGAUGAGGAGAUGGACAGAAUUUGCCAGUUCCUCCAUAAUCGAGUGCUGGACCAAGAGAGAACACAGCUCUACCAGCUGACCGCCUGUUUUAAGGCUUUCAAGAGUGUGGCUUUCCAAAGCGUUUUGUCCUGCGUCGAUGAUUUGGAUGCGGGUCGCAGUCUGCAGCUGAAAAACCUUCUCUCUGAGUACUUUGACAAGAGGCGAGACCGAGACCACGCACUCAAACCAGUGGACAUUGAGGAGCUCGACAAGUAUAAGCUGUUGGACUGGGAAAGUCAGAUCAGAGCAGACAUCAGAAGUUUUCUUACCAACCGGAGUGAUGAGAAGUUUUCUGGAAGAGCUGUUGCUAGAAUCCUCCAUGGCAUAGGCAGUCCGUGCUACCCUGCUCAGACCUACGGAAAAGACAGACGCUACUGGAGGAAGUAUAUCCAGUUUGACUUCAACCAGCUCAUCAGACUGGCCACGCAGGAGAUCAUUUGCUUCAAGUGACCGACCAAACAUGAACAUGCAUACAGAGGAUGCACAUGCAUACCAUGUGUGCAUUCACUGACUUACAUCUGUGGAUUUCUGCCCAAAUCAGCAGAGUUCUGUUUGGAUGAAUUGUGCCGUAAAACAGCUAUUUUUACAUGAAACUUUUUUUUUCUGUCACAUUGCAUCAUUUAACAUGCUGAUUUCUACAAUGUUAGGUUUAUUGUACAUAUAUUUAAAAGUUUUUCU